AUGAGUUCCGACGAUGAAGAAGUAUUUCCAGAUUACAAUGGAGUAACCAUUGUCACUUUAAAAGAAUAUUCCGAAAAAGAACAAACUGAAACAACAGAAGUGAGACGUGAUCUGGUUGAACUUGAAAACAAACAUGGCGACGCAGCGACUGUUCUAUUCAGUCAGAUAAUAGACAAACUCGGAUCCUUAUGGAAUACUGCUAUUUCACUGCACAUGGAAUACGAGAAUACAGAACACCGGAAAUUGUUUCAAGAGGUUUUCCAACGUGCUUCGAGUGUAAAAAUAAAAUUGGUUUUACACCAUUCAUUGGAAACUGGAUCUUCUACGACAAUCCAAGAGGCUCUUCAGGAGAUUUACGAACUCAGGAUGAUGUUGAAUAAGCAAUCAACCACCUCCAGUUUAUCAGGGGAUAGAGAAGCAACAACUUUUCCGGUUUGUUCUAAAUCUUAUUCUCGUAGUCUUGCGUGCUGUGAGGAGAGGUCUCAUAGAGGACCAAUAGAAUCCAGUAGUAUAGUCAGGAGUUCUUAUAGAAGACCAAUUGAAAUUUUUGGCGACUUCGAACCGCAGGUUGCAAGGAUUAAUUUGAAUCAAGAUUUGGAAGAUCAAGUUACAAAUCUUAAAAAUGAAGUGAAUAAUCUUUUCGUGGACUGUACUGCUGCUGAAGAUACAAUGAAGUCAUGUCUGACAACUAUUGCUCAAAAUUCAAGAAAACUGGAUGAGUUGGAGAAUAAAGUGUCCUCAUUGAACGACAAACAAAAGACGGCAACACAAGAGGCUAUCGUGUCAGAACUAUCUCAUCAAAUAAGAACUGCAAAACUGAAACAGAAUGAAUUGAAGAAUCAACUUGCAUCACCUGGUUUUGAUCAUAGGGAAGUAUCCGGGAGAAGCACUCGUAGUAGAAGACAAGAGUUGUUAGUCUACCAACCUAUAACUCACUCCUUAUCCGUUCUCCAAGCAGUUCUCGAAAUACACUGCGACAAUGUCAUUGCGAUUUGCAAAAGAGAAUAUUCAUUUGCUAAACGUCGAGAUCGAAAUCAAAAUGAAGGGGAGCUAGGAGCCUCCAUUCUUCACCAUUUUUUGAGAAUCGAAGCAAAUGUUCUAAAAUUUCAAAGGAUUUCUGCCCUGAGACGUAUUGGAAAGGAAGUUUCGGAGAAGAGGAAGCAUAAAACAAGGAGUCUUAGUGAUAGGGUAGUAAAAUUCCAUCGAGGUGGUCUACUGACUGACCUAAACAAAAUGUGUACGGAACUGAAGACAUUGAGAGAUGAGCUGAACAACAAAUUGAGUCUGAGAAGGAUGUCUUUUCUUUAUUUUUCCUUUGAAAAUCACAAUCAAGAACUUCUUCUAUCGGGAAGUACUUUCAUUUCUGACAUUGAAGAAUUACUGGGUAUCCCUGACUUCGUGCUAGAUGUUUUGAUGGAAUUGGAGGCCAACCCUCGUACGGUAUCUAAUGCUUCAUACCAUGCACGAAUCAAUAAUUUCUUGGAAGCUUUGAACUAUUGA